AUGCUGAAUGCUAAUAAAACUAGGUUUAUUAAUGCCGAAACAAAUUCAUCUCCUUAUGAAGAGACUAUGAGCAUUUACCAACUGAUGAAUACCAAAAACAACAAUAAUCGAAUCAUAUACGAAAAUCCAAGUCCGAUUUUGGAAAAUCAAAAUUACUAUUUUGAACCGAUUGAUCAUAGUUCGAAAACUUCGACAACUAAUUCGCAUCCGAUUCAACAGCCGACACCAGUUGAUAAUAAUUGUUCGAAGAGGUGUUCGACAAAACGCAACUCGGCGAUUAAUAUCAAACCGAUGGAAAUCGAUUCGACUAUUCGGUCUUAUACAUUACCUCGUUCGGUAACAGCCGAUCAGUUGGCAAAAAGCUCGGCAACCAAUCGAUUGUACUAUUAUCCUAGCGUUCAAGACGUCCUCGAUGCUUUGAACCGGCGUGCAUUUGAUAAAGAAUCAUUUGUUUAA